AAAGAGUAAAUAAUAAAGAAUAACAAACAAUCGAAAGAAAUACAGAAUUUCUUCAGUUUAAAACAAAAGACGCGACUACUUUGAUUAUCUCCUGCCAGCCAACAACCAAACUUUCAUCCAAGUAAGCUAGUCUUCCAACAUCGAUCAGGCUUCCAAUUUGACAGCUAACAGUUCAAACCUACCCUAAAUUGUGCAAAAUCAUCCAGUAAGAUGGCCCCGAAGGUGGGCCCCCGAAUUGACAAUCGUCCGCCGCUGAUGUUCGUGGAAAAUGUUCUCAAAGCUUCCAAGAUGGUCCGGGACGUGGAGCGCCAGUGGACGAUCGUCCGGGAAAACAAGGAGCUUCUCAAGCGCAUCAAUCAAAUCUACCGGACAAAGGGUUUUCUGAACGUCAACUACAACUAUCGCGUGCACCAGAGCCUCAAUUCGGCGGCCCGCGGACGGAAGGCACGCACAAUCGAGCGUCAAAAUCAAGCCCUGCUCAAACGGCUGCUGCGUCGCAAGGCAACGGUCGACAGUAAUUUGCCACGCGAAAGGAAAAUCUACCACUGCUGCCAUCCGACCGCCGACAACCGGCCCCGGAUGGCGUUAGAUUUUUGGGAGCGUACCGAUCGACGCUUAUGUCGGCUGGUGAUCGAUCUGUGCCCCGGGGUAUCCUUCGGUGAGAUAACGCUCGGGCGGGGGAAACUGUUUCGCAUUUACGACGGCACGCUGGUCGUGAUACGGGCCGGGUAUGCAAGCUCGGACGAAGAUUUGCGGGAUACGUACGGAACGCUGAGUCACGUGGUUAGAGGAACCUUUGUGAAGCAGGUGGUGGAUGGACGGGAAUACUUUAUGAUCGCGCUCCGUACGAUCGGGACGAUUGUGGAUGGGAAGCUGUUGGGUGGCGUUGUGCCGAGUUCGAUGGAGAAGCUCGAUCUGAUCAAUUCGUAUGGGUCCAAGUUUGGCCGGUGCAAGGAACCGAUUUAUUUUGAUAGAAUUAAACCGUGAAGGGAAAGGUAAAGUUGUUUAUCAAACCCGUCUAUUAAUUUA